CAUCUAAACUGCACUGAGCUCUCUCCCUCCCUCUCUCUCUCUCUCUCUUGCUUAGCUAAGACUUAAGAGUGCUAAGAACAAAGAAGAACAUCCUCUGCCAAAAAUAAAGCAAAAGAGAAGGGAGGGAAUGUUGAUCUGCUUCUACUGUUCUUUACAGAGUUAAAAAAAAAGAAAGUGAUUUCAUCUUCAGAGAGACAAAUUAUACAUACUACUACUUCCAUAGAUUUGAGCCAUUAAUACAUAUAUACAGAUAAAGAAGAAAGGGAGAGUUGUGAGUUUGUGACCACACAAUCAGGAUGGGUGGGGUGACAUCCUCCAUGGCUGCCAAAUUCGCCUUCUUCCCACCUAACCCACCUUCAUACAAGGUUAUUACAGACGAUGCCACUGGCCUUCUGCUACUUGACCCUUUCCCCCAUCGUGAGAACGUCGACGUUUUGCGCCUCCCCACCCGCCGCGGCAACGAAAUCGUCGCCGUUUAUGUUCGGUACCCCAUGGCCACCACCACGCUUCUCUACUCCCAUGGAAACGCAGCGGAUGUUGGCCAGAUGUAUGAGCUAUUCAUCGAAUUGAGCAUCCACUUGCGCGUCAAUCUCAUGGGUUAUGACUACUCUGGCUAUGGGCAGUCAACAGGAAAGGCCAGUGAACACAAUACUUACGCAGAUAUUGAAGCUGCAUAUAAGUGUCUUGAAGAAAGCUAUGGUGCGAAGCAGGAAAAUAUCAUCCUGUAUGGGCAAUCUGUUGGAAGUGGCCCAACUUUGGAUCUUGCUGCUCGUUUACCUAGGCUAAAAGCAGUUGUUCUGCAUAGUCCUAUACUAUCAGGGUUGAGAGUCAUGUAUCCUGUGAAGCGUACCUACUGGUUUGACAUUUAUAAGAACAUUGACAAAAUCCCAUUGGUGAAGUGCCCUGUACUUGUAAUUCAUGGAACAUCGGAUGAAGUUGUCGACUGCUCUCACGGGAAACAACUGUGGGAAUUGUGCCAAGAGAAGUACGAACCUUUAUGGCUGAAAGGAGGAAAUCACUGUAAUUUGGAACUCUUUCCAGAGUAUAUCAGGCAUCUCAAGAAGUUUAUAUUGACUGUUGAGAAAUCACCUUCACAAAGACAUAGUUCUAGGAAAAGUACAGAUGGAUACGAGCAGUCCAGAAGGAGUGUUGAUCGUUUUGAGGUUCCAAGGAAGAGCACAGACCGGAGAGAGAAACCAAGAAAAAGCACAGACAGACCUGAAAAGCUGAAAUUUCAUGAAUUCAAGUUUAAUAACUUUGACAAGCUUGAGAAGUUAAAAAUCCCAUUCGAUCAGGCGGAGAGGGCGGAAAGGUCACGGAGAAGUGUCGAAUACUUUGAGAAACCAAGGAGAAGCAUCGACCAGCAGUUAGAAAAAGGGAGGAAGAGUGUCGAUUGGGUUGACAGAAUUCGCGCCCCUUGAAAACUAUCAAAAUAGUUUUUGACAUACUACUGCCUGCAUAUGCUAAUGAGAAUGGGGGGUGAAACGAGAGGAAGCUGGACUGGUACAGAAGAAAAACAUCAAUUGGGGGCUUUAACUUAUAGUUCACAGAAUGCAUUUCAUAUUAAUUACUUUGCAUUGGAUUGGUGAGUUUGGUAUACUGGGAUCAUGGAUUGUGAUAUAAACAACUCUUUUAACAUCUUAGAUUAUGUCUUUUAAGUCAGAAUAGAAUUGGCAUCAGGCAUGGAGUUGUGAUUUCCUCAUUUUCUUGCACUUUCUUAUGUUUGGUUAAAAGGGGAACUCUUUCAGUCUUUCCAUUGGAGUACUAUCUUUGCUUGAGUCC